CAGGAAGUGUGACGAGUCUGUACAACAUGUCGAGAGAGGGUGACGUGCCACUCUUCGAUGAGGAUGAGAAUGCAUUCAGUCAAAGGAAAUUAAAAAUCAAGCAUCCCUUGGCCACUUUUUUCCAUCUUUUCUUUCGCGUAACUGCCAUCAUAGUCUAUCUUUUAUGUGACCUGUUGAGCAGUAGCUUUAUCGGCUGUAUGGUCACCAUCAUUCUCCUCUUGUCAUGUGACUUCUGGACUGUCAAGAAUGUGACUGGUAGGCUGCUGGUGGGCCUUAGAUGGUGGAAUCAGGUUGAUGAAGAUGGAAAGAGCCACUGGGUGUUUGAGGCCAGGAAGGACUCCAGUAAACAUGUGGUCUCAAACUCUGAGUCUCGGAUUUUUUGGUUGGGCCUUAUUGUUUGUCCUAUCUUAUGGGUAUUCUUUGUGUUUACUACUCUCUUCUCUUUCAAGAUCAAAUGGCUGGCAGUUGUCAUUAUGGGGAUGGCUUUGCAGUGGGCCAACCUAUACGGUUAUGUGCGAUGUAAAGUGGGUGGUGCAACCAACCUUAAGGCUAUGGCCACAAACUACCUUGGCCUACAGCUGUUUAAGCAGGCAAUGAGAAAACCAGAGGGACCUUAAAACAACCAUGCCUACUGAUGAACAGGUGUCAGGGCGGCUGAUUUUUUUUUUUUUAGUCAGAUAUGUAGUGACAGUAAAAGGGCCGUGAUUCAUGGGUGCCGUUGAACUGUAUUUUAUUUUUUAGCUACUGGUUGAAGAAGAAUGUUUUCAUUUAAACUGUAUUUCCUCUGUAUAGUGGUUUUUGUUUGUUUGUUUGUUUGUCAUGUAAUGAGAAUAUUGACUUCCAAACACUUUGUACAUUUUUCUGUUGGAUUCUUUCUCUAAUUUUAAUGUUUAAUUUAAUGGCAAAUCCUUGGUCAUAAAUUGUUGGUAUGGUUUGCACAAGUAUGGAAUUGUAUUGUUGAAGGAUGAUAUAUUUUAAUUAAAAUAC